AUGCAUGUAACGUGGAAAAAUUUCCAAGGACGAAUGCAUGGUGCGAAUGUGAAUGUUCCAGGACGAAAUGGUCAGUUACCCAUUCACUAUACUUGUCAGAAUGGAUACUUAGAUACAACGAAAUCACUCAUAGUGAAUGGUGCCAAAGUCAAUCAUCCAGAUGGAAAUGGUCGAUUACCCAUUGAUCAUGCUUGUGAAAACGAACAUUUAGAUCUAGUAGAACUGUUGCUACGAACUGGUGCCAGAUUGGAUGUUCCUGAUAAGGAUGGUCGGCUGCCAAUUCACUACGCGUGUGAAAAAGGACACUGUGACAUAGUAGAUUUACUGAUAACGAGUGGUGCAAAAGAAGAUGUUCCAGAUGGAGAUGAAUUGCUGAUUAGAAAUGGUGUGAAUGUGAAUGUUCCUGAUAAAUCUAGACGACAUCCAAUUCAUUAUGCGUGCGAAAAAGGACAUUCUCCUGUAGUAAAUUUACUGAUCAAAAGUGGUGCAAAAGAAAAUGUUCCAGAUGGAGAUGGUCGUCUGCCCAUACACUACGCUUGCGAAAAAGAACUAGAUCUAGUAGAAUUGUUGAUAAAGAAUGGUGCGAAAAUGGAUGUUCCUGAUAAGGAUGGUCGGCUUCCAAUUCACUACGCUUGCGAAAAAGAACAUCAAGGUAUAUUAAAACUGUUGAUAAAUAAUGGUGCGAAAAUAGAUGUUCCUGAUAAAUAUGGCCGACUGCCAAUUCACUGUGUUUGUGCAACAGAACAUCUAGAUCUAGUAGAACUGUUGAUAAAGAAUGUUGCGAAAGUGAAUGUUCCUGAUAAAAAUGGCCGACUACCAAUUCAUUAUGCGUGUGAAAAAGGGCACUCUGUUGUGGUCGAUUUGCUGAUAAAGCGUGACGUAAAGCUAGAUGUUUCCGAUGGAAGUGGUAGGCGUCCUAUACAUUAUGCGUGCGAAAAUAGUCAUUCGAAUGUUGUAAAAAUACUAGUGGAGAAUUCUGCAAAGUUGGAAGUUACCGAUCAAAAACGUCGGCUGCUAAUUCAUUAUGCGUCUGGAAAUAACUACUUGGAUCCACUAAAAGUACUGAUGACCCAUUCCGUGAAAAUGGAUGCACCCAAUGCGUGCGAAAAAGGGUAUUUAUUAACAACAGGUUCACUCAAAACAUCUGGUGCCAAACUCAAUGUUGUGGAUAAAAGUCAACGGUUGCCGAUUCAUUAUGCCUGUCAGAGUCGGUAUUUAGGUGUGGUAAAACUGCUGAUAACUAGUGGCGCAGCGCUGGAUGUUCCUGAUUGCAAUGGUUGGCUGCCGAUUCAUUAUGCGUGCGAAGUUGGGCAUUUAGAUACAAUAAAGUUACUGAUAACGAGUGGUUCGGAAGUGAAUGUUCCUGAUGGAGAUGGUCGUUUGCCCAUUGACCACGCCCGAGAAAAAGGACAUCUGGAUUGUGUGAAUUUACUUGGAGAAAAUGGUGCGAAAUCGGCGUAA